AUGUGCAGUGAUAAUGACGUACCUUUGCUAUCUGAAGAUAUGUCCUCAGCCCUUGCUUACUAUAACAAUAAUGCCACGGAGUAUCCCGUGAUUAUUGCUGAGACUAGAGGUCGAAUCUUAACGGAGCCAGUGUUGUUGCCGGUCAACGCCACCGACCAGUACACCAGAUCAAUGUGUAAGUUCUUGGACAACUUCAACAUUUCAACCUACUAUGGUACGGGGAUGCUUGCGUAUUGGGUACUUAUAAUUAUUUUGGGUGCUUUGGCCAAUUGGACUAAGCUUUUGUAUCCUGGACUAAUGAGGGAUUUGAAUGGCAGGUUCUCGAUUUGGGUACGAAAGUACAUCACUCUCCCAGCAGUCAGGGGAAAGAAGACUAAUUCAACCUCGUUUGCAGGAAUUUUUCAAAUGUUAACACCUUCGCGUUAUGAGUCUCUCGUUGUGGGUAUUUUCAUUGUAUUGGUCGUGGUUCUUAUAGCCGUCGACGUCAAUCCUCCUGCCGACGAUCCUAUAUUCUCUCUGAGAUCAGUCGGGACACUUCGAUUUGUUGCUGGGCGGUGUGCCGUGUCCGCAGGUAUGAUAGUGCCUUUGUUGAUUCUAUUUGCCCUGAGGAAUAACAUGUUGAUUUGGUUCACUCACUGGAACUAUGGCACAUUCCUUAUGUUCCAUCGUUGGAUUGGCCGGGUUGUAUUUUGCUUAGUGGCAAUUCAUGCCAUUACCUUUUCGUUGUCUAUGGACUCUAUCGGAGUCAUUGACUACCAAGGCAUGAUGUCUCGGGACUAUAUGAUCGCUGGAACCCUUGCUACCAUCGCUGCCGGAAUCAUCAUCUUUCAAGGGUUCCUUGUCUUGCGUCGUUCCAAGUAUGAGGUAUUUGUGUUGUGUCAUAUUUUAUUGGCACUUGCAUUCAUAAUUGGUUCAUGGGGUCACGUUCAGCGAUUCAACCAUCAUCAACCAUAUGUGGCGGCGACGGCGAUUUGGGCAUUUGAUCGCGUCAUUAGAAUAGCUCGCUUGAUAUGGUUUAGUGCACCGAAAGCUGAGUUAAUGUUGGUCGCCGAUGAAACUAUCCGCGUCACGAUCCCUACUAGAAAGCAUUGGCACCCUACUCCUGGGGGACACGCAUUCGUUUACUUUUGGAGACCUUCAUGUUGGUGGCAAUCGCAUCCGUUUACAUUCAACCAGUCGGUGGUGAACAGCAACAACGUUGUCUUUUAUUGUAAGGUUAAAGGAGGCAUGACCCAUGGCUUAUACCAACACCUCAAAAAAUGUCCAGAACAAACAGAUCACAUAAGAGUGAGCGUUGAAGGUCCUUAUGGCGGAGCAAGUCCUGUAAAGCGUUAUGACAAUGCCAUCUAUGUUGCCGGUGGCAAUGGCGUCCCUGGUCCUUAUUAUGAAGCUUAUAACUUGGCACGGAAGCAUCCCGAAGCGAAGCAAACGAUUCGAUUAUUCUGGGUCAUUCGUGAAUACCAGCUGGUUUUGUGGUUUUACCAGGAGCUUUUAGCCUUGAGAUCUACCAAGAUUGACGUGGUUGUUUACGUCACCAAGCCCAACUCAAUCCCUUUCGACUACGACGAGUUUCAACGAGUAAAAAGUGGUACAUCCAAGCUUAAUUUUGGUCUCUAUGGUUAUGACUCGAGGCUGCUGUUAUCUGUGGGGUCGCUUUCCUACGAAUCGUACUCCAAAUCAGGAAAAGGCGAAACGCGAGAGAUUACUUACGAAAAGUUCUCUGACCACAAAACUGAUAAAGUUUUGGAGCAAAUGAAGCGAGAUUUGUUUUUUGUGCGUUUUAUUGAAGGUCGACCUUCGAUGAAUGAAUUGGUGGAUACCACUAUCAAAACCACUGAUGGCUCAAUCGGGUUUGUGACAUGUGGGCAUCCAAUUAUGGUUGACGAUUUACGACAAGCGUGCAUCAAUCACCUCGACGUAGGUCCAAGGAUUGAUUUCUUUGAGCACCUACAAAUUUGGGCUUAA